AUGAACGAUCUGUUAAGAAGACGCUGUUUUAUAUUUGUACCAAAGUGGCUGUGGGGUAGGUGUCGCAGUAGCAGGGGUAGACUGUACUCUCUAGCGCAUGCGGUCGAUACAAGCAAGAUGGAGGCCACCAGGAGGAACGCUCAGAUUGUGGAAGACUUAAAUAGAUAUUAUCCUUCGAUGUCAGAGCUUCAUGGUUUAUGCCAGGGCUAUAAGGAGGUCAGCAUCAGAGACUUUAACGAGAAAUUUUCGGGCAAUCCCUCUAUUUUGAACCAUGAGGAUCAUCCCAAUUGGCUGCUUAGUAUUAAUGGUAGAAUCAAGAAUAUUAGAUUUUCAGGACAGAAGAUUGUUUUUAUUGAUUUAUACAGUGCCAGCGAUGGAUUGAAAAGCACCUCUCAAUUGCAGUUGAUUGUCAACUAUAAUCAAAUCAACGGGAGUAGUGAAGAUAAGGCAAACUUCCCAGAGCGUAUGAACUUUUUAAAGAAAGGCGACUAUAUCAAGGCUUUAGGUUACCCCGGCUUUUCUAAAUCCAGACUCAAGAUGUUGUCCCUAAUAUGCAAUAGGCUACCUAUAAUCUUGUCCGUUUCGCAACUACCUUUGCCUUCCAAACUAAAUGAUGAAACUAAGAUCAAGUCUAAUAGGGUUGCUGAUUACCAGUUAAACGGUACUGAAACACUGUUGAUAAGGGCUCAUAUCAUCAAGCUUUUGAGAAAGUUUUUAGACGUUAGAAAUUUUGUUGAAGUUGAAACACCUAUACUAUCAUCGAAAUCUAACGGUGCUAUGGCAAAGUCUUUUUUAACAUCUUCGAAGGAUUUUGACCAUUUAGAGUUACGUAUCGCGCCAGAGUUAUGGCUGAAGAGGCUUGUUAUCAGUGGCGUCCAAAAGGUGUUUGAGAUAGGGAAGGCCUUUAGAAAUGAAAGUAUUGAUUCCACGCAUAAUCCCGAGUUCUCCACUCUGGAGUUUUAUGAAUCGUUCAUGUCAAUGGACGAUUUAAUCAUGAGAACAGAAGAACUGUUCAAGUUUUUAAUGGUAAACUUACAAACAUUUUUCCAAGACAGACAUCUGCCCGUUCCCAAAACCUUCAAUGAGUUAUAUCUGGAAUUAUCCGAGAACAACUGGACAUUUAAGAAAAUCGAAUUCUUACCUACUUUAAACAAAGAACUUGGUAUUGAUUUGAUGGCCCCCGGACUGGAUAUUAAUACACCGACGGAACUUUUAAGAAUUUUACCAAAAGACGUUAUAGAUAAGUAUUUUUCUUCUACAGAUGAGACUAAGCAACUAUCCUCCCUACAAAUCCUAAACAAGCUAUCGGAUGUUUUCUUGGAACAGCGCCAUUGCCACACAAUCUUGCCCACAAUAAUAUACCAUCAGCCUGUGAUACUAUCGCCCUUAGCCAAAACCGAUUCGUGCAAUAAUCAAAUCACCAAGAGAUUCGAAGUUUUCAUCAAAGGUAAGGAAUAUAUCAACGCUUAUGAAGAAGAGAACUGCCCCCAAUUGCAACUAGAAAAAUUUAUACAACAAAAACAAAUCAACGAACUGACAGGAAAUAAAAUCGAUACGCUAUCGCCAGUCAUUGACCAUCAAUACAUUGAGGCGAUGAAAUAUGGUAUGCCUCCGAUAGGUGGCUUUGGUCUCGGUAUAGACAGGUUGUGUAUGCUGUUCUGCGACAAGAAGAGAAUAGAAGAGGUUCUACCCUUUGGAUGUGUGGAUGAUGUAAAUAGGCAAUAA